CCUUUGGCCUUUAGGGAGGUUGUGCAUUAACCAGGCCAAUGUAAAAGCCGCGGUGGUGGUGGCUCAGCUCGUGGUGGAGGCAGGUGGGGAGCUCACCCCACGCCGAGCAGCCCCCGAGGAUGAUAAAGGACACCUAUAAGGACGCCAUCCGCACGCUGAACUCGCUGCAGACCAACGCCAGUUUCCUGGAGCAGCUCCGCAGGGAGCGCCCCGACCCCCGGGCACAGCUGGAGGCCAUGAGGGGCUUCCUGGAGAGGAGCGGGCUGCAGGUGGAGGACCUGGACGGGCUGAACAUCAUCCACGUCACCGGGACGAAGGGCAAGGGCUCAGCGUGCGCCUUCACCGAGCGCAUCCUCCGCGGCUACGGGCUGAAGACCGGCUUCUACAGCUCCCCGCACCUGGUGCAGGUGCGCGAGCGGAUCCGCAUCAACGGGCAGCCGCUCAGCAAGGAGCUCUUCAGCAAGUACUUCUGGCUGGUCUACAACCGCCUGGAGGAGACCAAGGACGCGGCGCAGGCCAGCAUGCCGGCGUAUUUCCGCUUCCUCACCAUCAUGGCCUUCCACGUCUUCCUGCAGGAAAAGGUGGACCUGGCGGUGCUGGAGGUGGGCAUCGGCGGCGCCUACGACUGCACCAACAUCAUCAGGACCCCCGUGGUGUGCGGCGUCUCCUCACUGGGCAUCGACCACACCAGCAUCCUGGGGGACACGGUGGAGAAGAUCGCCUGGCAGAAGGGGGGCAUUUUUAAGCCCGGUGUGCCGGCGUUCACCGUGCCGCAGCCCGAGCGGCCGCUGGAGGUGCUGCGGGACCGAGCCCGGGAGCUUGGGUGCCCCCUCUACGUCUGCCCGGAGCUGGACGCCUUCGAGGCCGGGAGCCAAGCGCUGGAGCUGGGGCUGGCGGGCGGCCACCAGCGCUCCAACGCCGCGCUGGCACUGCAGCUCGCCAGGACGUGGCUGCAGCGGCGGGGCUACGAGGCAGGUCCCGAGGUCUUGCCGGAGGUGCCGCUCAGCACGGAGCUGUUGGCACAGCCAUCGGUGCCGCUGGCGCCCGUGUUUCGUCCCAGCGAUGCCAUGAUCCAAGGUUUGAGGGACACGGAGUGGCUGGGCCGCACGCAGGUGCUGCCCCACGGCGCCGUGACCUGGUACCUGGACGGGGCGCACACCACCAGCAGCGUCCAGGCCUGCGUCCGCUGGUUCCGCCAGGCUGCCCUCAGCCACGACAAGCCCCAGGACGGCUCCGAGGUGCGUGUGCUGCUCUUCAACGCCACGGGGGACCGGGACACGGCCGCGCUGCUCAAGCUGCUGCUGCCCUGCCACUUCGACUACGCCGUCUUCUGCCCCAACUUCACGGAGCUGUCAGUGACCGGCAGUGCUGACCAACAAAACUUCACCGUGACCCUGGAGAACGCCCUGACCCGCUGCCUGGAGAACCAGAAGACGUGGGGGCGGCUGCUGGAGGAGAAGGGGGGCCAGGAGACCCCCUGGUUGUCCCCCCCCCGGCAAGUGGGGGGGCUGCUGGAGCCGGCCCCCUUACGGGGAGGGGGGGCAGCCCUGCUGCUGGUGCCCCCAGCCGAGCGCCCCCUCAACUCCCCCUCCCUCGUCUUCCCCUGCCUCUCCCACGCCCUGCAGUGGAUCGCCCAGGGCCGGGACCCCCACCUCCCCGCGCCCCCCCCCAAGGGGGGGGCACACCCCCAGCCCGUGGCCAGCAGCGGGGCCGUGCUGCUGCAGGAGGCAGCCGCCAUCCACGUCCUCGUCACCGGCAGCCUGCACCUGGUGGGGGGGGUCCUCAAGCUGCUGGACCCCUCCCUGUCCCAGUGAGCGGGAUUUGGGGUCCUUCACCCUUUACUUGAACUGCUGGGGGGGGGGCGGGCACGCAUGGGAUUCCCCCCCCCCAUCCCGGCCCUUCUCACCCCAGUGCCUUCUGUCUGUGCCAGCCCCAUGGGGGGGUGGCGGUGGCCGUGGCCACGCUGGGUGUCCCCAUGAGGUGGGGGGGGGACACUCCUGGCCCCCCCUUGGGGGGGGUGUGUGUGUGUGGGGGGGGUGAGAUGGACGCAGGCUGCCCCCCCCACAUGAGAGGUUUGGGGGUGCCCCGGGUGUGACUCCGAGGCUCCUCGUUGCGGCGACUAAUUUAACGUAGGAUAGGUUUUUAUUAUUAUUAAAAGUUUGUAACUUUGA